GAAAGAGACCCUACCUACUGCGCCUCAAACCGGAAUCUCCAUUUUCGUGAAGAUCACAAAGCUUUCUCUUUCUCUCUCUCUCACCCCCUUUCUCUCAGUCGACUAUUCUUCGUAUUAGUUUUGCAUUUUCAGUCGUCAAUUCUCAUAUAUAAGGCAAGCUUGAGCCUAUUCUUAAUGUUACAGUCAGAAUUCUAAAUAUGUUACCACCUACUCAGCAACAUGAUCUGAUGUGAGAAAAUGCUAAGCACCAGCACAAAUUUCAUAUAAGUGGCCUGUUCUUGGUUUUCAGACCUCUUGUAAUAGUCAGUCAGACCGCAUGGAGGAUAUACCAGAUACCCAUUGGGAAGACGUAGUCUGCCCCAUAUGCUUAGAUUUUCCUCAUAAUAGUGUUCUACUCCAAUGUUCAUCUUAUGAUCAAGGGUGCCGUCCCUUUAUAUGUGACACAAGUCAGUUGCACUCAAAUUGUCUGGAUCGUUUUAAAAUUUCAUGUGGCAUGCCAUCCUCUUUGAUGUCUGAUGAAACCUCCAUGGAAAAUAAAGAGUCAGUGGUAUCAGAUGACCGAUGCAAGCUGAGUUGUCCCUUGUGCAGAGGUGAAGUGUCGGGGUGGAUUGUUGUUGAUAAAGCCCGCAUAAUUCUGGAUAACAAGAAGCGUUGUUGCGAUGAGGUGCAAUGCUCAUUCAUGGGAAGUUUCUUGGAGCUGCAAGAGCAUGCCCAACAGGAACACCCCCAUGCUCGGCCAUCGAAAAUUGACCCUGCUCGUCAGCUUGAUUGGGAGAAUUUUCAGCAGUCUGCUGAGAUUGUAGAUGUUUUGAGCACUAUCCAUUCAGAAAUACCUCGGGGGGUUGUUUUAGGAGAUUAUGUGAUUGAAUAUGGAGAUGAUGAUACUGCUGAUGAGUUUGAAGACUUCCCUGGAGAUGAAGGCAACUGGUGGACGUCUUGUAUCUUAUAUCAGGUGUUUGACAACUUCAGGAGUUCCAGAAACAGAAGGCGGUCAAGAGUUAGUGAUUCAAGAAGGGGUAAUCGCCGUUUAAGCUAUGAUACUUCAAAUUCUGAUGAAGGUUCUGUAGCAUCAGUCGAAUAUACUGAUUAUAGGCUAGAUGACAUUGAUGAUGAGUUUGUUAGUACAGUUGGCCCCUCAAGGGGCAGCAGUGGUUAUCGCAGAUAUCACAGGCGCCGAUCCCGCUUCUAUGACAACUAACUACUAGCACCUGAAUAGAAGGGGAGCAAACUGAAAGGCGGAGUUCCACAGGACAUGGGAAGCAGUAUGAUCUCCGUGCAGCUCGAAUACAUUUCAAGGUUACAUUAGUGGCAUUUUCAAUGAGAUGUGCUGAAGGGCAACUUUACAAACUGGACAGUUGCAUUUUUGCUUGUGGGUCACAUACUGGAAGCUUUGUUUUAUGGUUAGCUUUAGACGCUCCAUUUGUUUGCUCGAUCCUAAUGAAUGCGGGGCAUUGAAAACCUGUUAAUUACUCAUGUGCAACCUUCUAGUGUUUCUGCAAGCAUUCUGAUGCUUGAUUAUGAUAGAACUAGUUUACAUCUUUUCCCUGUACAUAUAGCUAAUUGAUUGUGAUAUUUUAGAAUAAUAACCAUAUAAUAGCUGUUAGCCCUUGUUUUCUUGAAUGUGUAUAGUAUUUACUUUAUAAUUUUACAUAACCAUAGUGCUCGUCUUUA